AUGAUCACCAAGGUGAUUCUCUGUUGCCUGCUGGCUUAUGCAGCCGGCCAAGCCCUUACUGGAGAACUUCCGGCAUCACCCUACAGUUUCAACCACGACACCACGGACGAGUUCGGCACCCGCAUCAGCCACGAAGAGACCGGUGACGAAAGCAAUAACAAGGUCGGUUCCUACAGUUACACCGAUCCGAAUGGCAUCACCCGCACGGUGCGCUACGUGGCUGACGCCAACGGUUUCCGGGCCAUCGUCGAGACCAACGAGCCGGGCACCAAGACCUCUAACCCAGCUGAUGCCCCAUUCGUGUCCAGCGCUGUAGAGCCACCUCCGGCACCACCGGCACCCAAGCCCUCCACCGUGGCCGUUCGUCCAGCUCCCACACCCACCGCCGUUCACUCAACACCAGUUUUCCAUGCCCGUCCAGUCGUGCACGCGCCUCCAGUGGUACACGCUCUCCGUGCCACACCAGUUACCCUGCACGCCGCACCGGUUGCCUUGCACGCAGCCCCAGUUGCCUUGCACGCAGCCCCAGUCGCCUUGCACGCAGCACCAGUCACAUUGCACGCCGCGCCCAUUACUAUUGCCACUGCCCAUCACGAAGCACCGGCACGCCACGUCAUCGCCCGUGCUCCCCUGACGUACACCCUGGGCCGCGCCAAGAGCUAAGCGGGCCUCCUUCUAGUCCAGAAUCUCCCACCUUGAUAUCCGUUUAUGGGAGUCACGUGGUCAAGCGAAGCCUCUCCUGGUUUCACCGCCCGUUUGUGAUGCGAAGACAAGACAGCGAAAAUCUUGGCUGUGCUUUCUGAUUGUUGUUUCUUGCCUGUUACUGCUUACUCCUCAGUUCACAUCACUGUCGGAGUGCACAUAUUGGAAGCCAUUCUUGGACACUUUAACCUAAUUCUGCCCACUUACGCUAGUUCCUAUGAAAUAUUACAUGUAAAGCUGCUC